AUGACAACGUUUCUAUGGUUGCUCCUCUUAAGCGUGAUCAUGGCCAUCACGUCGCUUGCAGUUGGCCUUUUUCCACUUAAGGCUCGCGUGGCACUUCACCACAUGAAUCUAGCCUCUGCUCUCAGUAUGGGUAUCUUGGUUGGAACAGCCUUGGCUGCGGUCAUUCCCGAAGGUGUUCAAAUGUUGCUAGACUCAGGGUAUUCAAACAAUCCUGACUCGGGAAUGGCACUUAGUGGAGUUAUCGGGCUCUCACUAAUUGUUGGCUUUGCCGUGAUGUUUUUGGUUGACCACUAUGAGCAAUUAAUUACAACUGGUGAGGUGUCAAAUACGCUGCCAGAGCAAGACUCCAUUUGGAAGUCUUUCCUCCGGUCUCCAUUGACAUUGGGUUUACUUCUUCAUUCGUUUGUGGACGGUAUAGCAUUAGGAACGGCGUUUGUCAACAAUGACGACUCCUUCCAAAUCUUGUUCUUAUUGAUGAUCACCAUCCAUAAUGAGCUCGAUAUUGACAUAUUUAUUCGUGUUGUUGCUCAAAUUAAACAACAACUUCGUGGUAGGAGUCCUUUUCCUAUUCAGUGCUGGCACCUUCUUGUACAGUGUGAUUCACGUAAUGAUGGAGGUCAUGAACAAAAAGGAUGA